AUGGACUACUCCUUCGAAGGCAUUCUACGCCGCGUAGAUGGCUCAUACUACUACGACGAGACCAAGUUCCCCCAGGUGAAAAUUCCCGUAGCCCCGGAAUCCGAAGUCACCUACCGCCGGAAGCGCUCGCAGAUCGACGAAUGGUGGGGCGUGACGAAUAACAUGCCCAAGCUACCUAAUGCGAUCUGCACCGCGCCGUGGCACUACGUCAACGGCGGAUACACGGUCUACGAGCCCGUCGAGUGGGUGCCCACCGUGCACCUGAUCAACGCGAUCCCCAAGAGCGAGCUGAAGCCGACCUUCAAGCGCACGACGACCAAGCUCCAGAGCGAGCGGCUGUACGGCAAGAUCUCUGCUGUCAUGUCGGCCUCCGCGAGCGCCAGUUACGCGAGCAUGAAGGUUGACGCUAGUAUCAGGGUAGAAGGUGAGGUGGAGGCCGAGCUGAACACCAAGACCGUCGAGGAAAAAACGGAGGAGGAGACGAUUGGGGAUAAGCCGAUCGUGGAAGUCGUGUUCGGAAUGAACAUCCGCGUGAAGCCCGCUUACUCGUGGCGGUUUGUCCGCGACGUCUGGCACCGCGGGCACAUUGUCUGGAACACCUGGAAUGAGCUGGUCCAUUCGGCGCAUGGGCUGGUCGCUCAGGUACUGCCGGUUCUCUCGAGAGAUCGCAUCACGGGACUCCAUGUAGCCCUAAGGGCGCCUGAGUGGCAAGAUUUCUACGCGUACGUGUCGGGUCACCAGGGGCCCGAGGUCGCUGGCGAGGAGAAGAGGGUGUGGCUAGCGAUGAAGCUAGUGGCUACUCUGCUGGCAGUUGACCAGCAGUUUCUUUUCUAUUGUGGGUUGACGUGA